AUGACCAACGAUGACCUCCCCAUCGCGUUACGGCGCACACGCCGUAGCAUGCCUGCGCCCUCUCAUGAGCCCUCACCAGCUCCAGCACCGUCCCAAACACCACGCAAAGCACCAAAACGCCGAGUCCGCUUCUCGGACCCAGGCUCUUCAUCAGUAGUAGCAGCAGCAACAACACCACGAACAACCCGCAUCGCCUCAACAGGUCUCACACCCAUGAUCAACCGCACAACUCUAUCGCGAGGCGGAGGGGUGGGUACCCCAUCAUCCUCGCGCCGCCGUCACUCCAUGCCAAAUGCACCCUCCGGCGCGGCAACAGACCUGCCCCCAAGCGGCGAAGUCCACUUCCUCCCCCUCCGCCAAGUCCUCUCAGGCCGCGUCCAGCGCCGCAUCCGCCGCAACGGCCUCAGCGAGGAAAUGAACACCAUCUCAGCCGAAAAGCGCGCCAACGCAAAGGAAGCCAGGGAACAACUCCAGUUACUCCGCGACCAACUCCGCCAAAAGGACGCGGAAAUCUACGAGCUGCAGAAUGCGACCAUCAUCCUCGACACAGAGCGUAUCUGGGCUCUCGAAAAGGAAGUCGGCGACCUCCGAACGCAGCUUGCCGACAGGUCGUCUGCGUCGGCAAGGCAGAAGAGCUGUUUCGACUGGACGCUCGCGGCGCGGGACCCGUUUGCUGACGACUUCAUGGAGACGGAUACCUAUGCCGACGAGACGGUGUUUGGGGAGGCGACGAUGGCGGAGAUGGAGUGUAGUACGCCCACGCGGGUGAGGUCUUCGUUUCUGACGCCGCCGUUGACGAGUCCCGUUGCCGCUGGGCCUUCUACGCCGUCUUCUCAUCGGGAGAAGCAGAGAGUUUUGGUUCCGGCGCCGUCGGAUGCUGGGGUGCAAACGGAUUUCCCUGAUCCUGAGAAGAAGCGGCUCGAAGAGGAGCUGGCUUCUUUGAGGCUGGAGAUGUCGAAGCUUACUGGCACGUUGGAGUCUUACUCUGCUCUUACCGACCGACUUUCCCAUAAGCUUUCCACUGUUCGUCCAGAAGAGACAUUGUCGGAUUACUCCAUCGCCACAAUCGAGACUCAAAUCACAAGCCUCCUACGCACCAUCUCCGACCGCACCGCCGCACUCCAGGACCUCAACACAUCCCUCUGCGCCCUAGGCUUCCCCGGUUCCGACGGCGCAGAGAUCGUAACCUCCCUCUCAUCCGCACUGCGGACAGCCCGCCUGGAGCUGGAGUACCUCACCCCAGGCGAAAUCACUCUCCCUCUCUCCUCCCGCGGCGCAGAGGUCCUCGACCUUCUCCUCACGCGCCUGCGCGACCUCGCGAAGCGCGCAAAGGAGGAUGAGGCUUCCAUUGACGAGUACCAUGAGCUAGAGCUCUCUCUUCGCCAACAGCUCAGUGCGCGGGUUGCAGUAAUGGGUGAGCUAGAAAGCGAGCUUAAGCGUGCAAAGCAGACGAUCACGGAGAAGGAGGGCCGCGUUGGCGAGCUUGAGGUCAGCGUUGAGAGACUCAAGGGCGCGGUGGCGGGCUACGUGCGUGAUUUCACCGAGUUAGAAGGCGUUGUAGGGCGCAUGGAGAGCGAGAAUCGCGAUGCUAUGGCGACCAAGGACGCGCAGGAGGAUGUCAUCGCGAAACUGGAGAGUAAGCUCGCGGACGCGGUGGCGCAGGGCCGGUCGCUGCGGAAGAGGCUUACGGAGGCGGAGGAAGCGAGGACGAAGGAGGUUGCGGAGGUGACACGACGGGGCGGAGCUGCGCUCGCGGUGCGGGAUGCGAGGGUUAGGGAGUUGAGGGAGGAGUUGGAGAGGGUGAAUGCUGGGUUGAGAGCUGCGCAUGAGGGGAUUAAGGAUUUAAGAGUUGAGAAGAGGGGAUUGGAAGGCGAGAUGGUGAGGGAGAGGGAGGCUGCAAAGGGGGUUAUUGCGGGGAUGAGAGGGGAGUUGGAGAGGGUUGUUGGGAUGAGCCGGGAGUUUUUGGGGCCCGGGGCGGAUGAGGCCGGGGCGGAAGGUGCGGGGCCGGAAUGUGGGGUCACUACCGGGUCGGAGACGGGUUCGAAGAGGGGCCUGCUCGCGGGAGAUUUGGCGCGGAGGUCGUCGGGCAGGAAGAGAAGGAGGUAUGACAGCGGCCUGGGAUUCCUGGAAGAGGAUGAGGUUGAUGCAUGA